UCAGGUGGUGCACUUAAUCAGUCUGCCGUUACCGAUCCACCAAAAUGGUUCACAACUCGUGUCGAUUUUUGCUGUUGGCGAUAGCCAUCGCUGCUUUAGUAGGUGACUCCCGGGCUGCCAAUAUUCUGGGUCUCUUUCCGAGUCUCAGUCCCUCGCACUUGAUCAUCCAAAUGUCGGCGGCCAAGGUUCUGGCCGAGAAGGGACACAAUGUGACUGUGGUCACAGUACUAAAACCAGUGGUGACCCACAAAAACAUAAACCUGAUCCUGGUGCCGCUCACCAAGGAGGAGGCGCAGCAGAUGAGCGACACCGUCGGCGCGAUGGCCAAGAACGACAAUAGCAACAUGGCCUUAGCCAUGCUCAAAAUGUCGGGACAGAUGGAUUUUAUGUUUAGGAAAAAUGCCGAAACCCUGCUGGACGAUCGAGUGCGGGAUCUGUACCUGAAUAGGGAAAACAAGUUCGACCUGGUUCUAUCUGGAUACUUCAUGAACGAUUUCCAGCUUGGAUUCGCAAGGAAGGUCAAUGCUCCCGUCAUCGUCGUAGCCACCAUGCCGCCCAUGCAAAUGUUGAACCCCCUGAUUGGAAAUCCACUGGAGAUUUCUUACGUAGGAGCCAAUCCCGUCGAAAUAGGCAAGGGUGUUCCCUUCUUGCAGCGCUUGACUACCUAUAGCAUGAGCCUCGUCUUCGGGCUCUUCGAUCUGUUUUCCACGCGACGUAAUCGGAAUUUGUACAAGGAAGUUUUCGGUGAUGAUCCCAACAUGCCCGAGUACUCGGAAAUGAUUAAAAACACGUCGAUGAUAUUCUUCGCCUCCCAUGCGGCCAGCGAAGGACCUAUUCGACCCAAUGUCCCAGCUGCAAUUGAGAUAGGAGGCAUUCAAAUAAAGGACACGCCGGAUCCGCUGCCCCAAAACAUGGCUUAUUUCUUGGGCAAUGCCACAGAUGGGGCCAUCCUCCUGUCCUUGGGUUCCAAUGUUCAGGGCACCCACCUUAAGCCGGAAACGGUUGUCAAGAUGUUCAACGUCCUCUCCAAACUGAAGCAGAGGGUCAUCUGGAAGUGGGAGGAUCUGGAGAAGACCCCUGGAAAGUCGGACAACAUUCUCUAUUCGAAGUGGCUGCCGCAGGACGACAUCCUGGGCCAUCCGAACAUUAAGCUUUUCAUCAAUCACGCCGGCAAAGGUGGUAUAACCGAGGCUCAGUAUCACGGAAAGCCCAUGCUUUCAUUGCCCGUUUUUGCGGACCAGCCGGGAAACGCAGACGGUAUGGUGAAAAAGGGCUUCGGCCUGACGUUGAGCCUGCUCACAUUGGAGGAACAGCCCUUCCUCGAGGCAAUUCUGGAGAUAUUAUCGAAUCCUCAGUACUCCCAAAAGGUUGCCUCUUUCUCAUCUCUGUACCGCGAUCGGCCAAUGACCGCUCGGGAAUCGGUGGUCUACUGGUCGGAGUACGUCAUCCGCUACCAUGGAGCAGCCCAUCUUCAGAGUCCCUUGGUGCACAUGAACUGCAUAGCCGCCAAUAACAUCGAUAUCUUUAUCCUGUUCGUAUUCGUUCUAUUUAUAGCUAUACUGGUUCUAAAAGCGAUGGUAAAGUUUAUUUACAGAAGGUUUAUAUCGAAGUCAAAGAAGGAGAAAACUCACUGAAAAUAUGUUUGUCAUACAAUUAGUUAUACUUAAUAAAUAAAAUUAAAAUAUAA